AUGUCAAAGCAAAUUGGACAAAGGCCUGCCAUGGCAAAUCCGGUCACAUAUACCAAACCGGGGACUAGAGACUCGGUGGUCUCCGCGUCGCCUAGACCAUCACAAUCCCAAAAUCCACAGGAAGCCUACGUUUUGGAGACAAUAUACCCAUCUGACGGUACGGCUAUUGUAUCUAAUGUUGACAUCAUCGCAGUCCAUGGGCUUUCACAAAAGGGCGAAAUCUCUUGGGUUUUUAAUCGGUCCAAGGGGCCUUCAACUAAAAAGGAUUCCUUCAAGCCAGCCGUUGAAUCUAUUAAGGAAACGAAAGACGCAGCGGCUAACUUCGUGGGUAUAUUGGGAAAGAAAGCAGCGAAGCCGUUCUCAAUUCCAGUUCAACGGGCCCAGGCCGAUCUACCUUUGACAAAGGAGCCGAAAGAGAAGGCCUCUGCCAUUCAGCCUAGUGAUGCUUCAAUAUCCAGCGAUACCGUUGAUUUAAACCCCUCUUUGCCUACAAAAGUCAAUUGGCUCAAGGACGAAUCUAUGCUUCCAAAAUCCUUGCCAAGAGCUAGAGUUCUGCAGUUCAACUACACAUCCUCACCUACAGGCACUCCUGCUGAAAUUCUGAGGAAGAUUGCCUCGGAGCUACUUGAAAGACUUAGCGAAGCAAGGAAAAACUGUGGACCUGGCCUUUCGAGACCCCUUGUAUUCAUAGGACAUGGUUUCGGGGGUAUUGUCAUCAGCCAGGCGUUGAUUAUGGCACAUGAGGAGUCCCAUCAGUCUAUACUUGAGGCAACAGUUGGCCUGCUCUUCUUAGGUACCCCGUUUCAAGGAUCGCAAGCGGUGGUAGAUCAACUACAAGCAAAGCACGAGCAACAAUGA